AUGGUCAAGUCCGACGCGAUUGCACACGCCAAGGGCAUCUCAGCCUUGGUCAUGCAGAGAGGUCCUCCUAAUUUGGAUGACGAUCUUGAUGUCUCGCUGGCCAUUGAAUUGUGCUCGAACCUGUUCUGCUGGCAUAAUCAUGGAGAUGAUGAUGACACAGAUCAUUCUGAGGUAGAGCCAGCAUCAACCGAUGUUGACGACGGAGAACCCCCUGCGGAAUCUUUAUCACUUCCAGGACAAGACGUCGUUCGAAAGGUUUUUGUCGACUUGCUGAAUACUAUACCAGCCCUCAACGCCAUCCAUGAAAAUCCAGAAUCCAGGGAGACAGUAUCGCUCGAAGCAGCAGAUGUCCGUCGACGGCUCUACGAUUUAAAUGCCAUCGCGUCUCAAGCGGCUUCCCAGAUUAAAACCCAGCUCACCGAGAUGGGACUGAUCCAGGUAUUACCCGACCCCGAGUCCUUCGUCAAACAAAGAUAUGAAUUCGCCUCAGUCGACAUAGCUCAGGCUGUUCUCGGGAUUUUCAUUCUCGAAAUCAUUGCACCCAGAAUGCUACUUGGGCUCAUCUCACUUUGUGACCCCCCAGAAUCGGACGACGUGUUGCAGAAAUACCGUGAUGCCUCCGUCCAACUCUGGAUGUGCAUCCCGUAUUUGGACAAACUGGAACUCACCGAUGCGCAGAUCAUCUCCUGCGCCUUCUGCCUCAGCUAUGAAGCGGCCGAUGCCACCGAGAGGGAUCUCGUCGCGGACACUGCCGCACGCUACGAACCCUACCUCUCGAGGCUAAAGAACAACCGCACUCUGUUGAUCGAGCGGGUGAUACGGACCGCAAGACAAUUGACUGGCAGUGCAGACAUCAUGCCCAUACAAGUGCUGAUGAUUAACCCGACUAAAAAAUCACCACCCGCUAAGAAGAGCCAACCUCGGAGGUCAUCUAGCAAGCCACAGGCUGCCCAUCUUCUUCACGGCUGCUUGUUCUUCCAGGGGAUCUUGAGCCCAGAUGACCCUUGA